AUGAUGAAGAAAUUGAUGGCUGAUCAGCAAGCCCAAGCCACGGCAAUGAGAAAUUUGGAGCGCCAAGUGGGACAACUUGCCACUGCCCAAAAUACAAGACCAGUUGGAGCUCUUCCAAAAUCAAAAUCAGAAAAAUCAAAGGAUUUAGAAAAGCUAGCUGAAGGGGCGGUGGUUGAGCAACCCCCACCAUUGGUUGCUAGGCCACCACCUUGGUUCCCUCAAAGAUUACAUAAAGUGAAGGAUAAUGCCGCGUAUAAAAAGUUUCUUGAUAUUUUGAAGCAGGUGCAAAUUAAUUCUUUGAUAGACAUCUUGCAAGAAGUGCCCAAAUAUGCAAAAUACAUCAAGGACAUAGUGGCAAAUAAAAGGAGGCUGACCGAGUUCGAAACUGUGGCACUUAAUGAAGAAUGUAGCUCUAGAAUCCAAAGCAAGCUACCUCAGAAAUUGAAGGAUCCGGAUAGUUUCACUAUCCAAAUAUCGAUUGGUAAGCAUGCAGUCCGGCGAGCUUUAUGUGAUCUUGGAGCGAGCAUCAAUUUGAUGCCGCUAUCUGUGUUCAGACAGUUGGGGUUGGGUGAGCCACGCAAAACAAUUGUAAUCUUACAGUUGGCUGACCGCUCCCUUGCUCAUCCAGAAGGAGUGAUUGAAGAUGAGUUAGUUCAAAUGGGGUCUUUUAUAUUCCCUGCUGAUUUCAUUAUCUUAGACUACGAGCCUAAUCAGAAAGCCCCAUUUAUUUUGGGACGUCCAUUCUUAGCCUCGGGCCGAGCUAUUAUUGAUGUUUGCAAAGGAAAUAUGACAAUGAGAGUAGGUUAUCGUGUGGAUGUAUUCAAUGUAUGUAAAGCACUCAGAUUGCCAGCCCACUAUGAAGAGCUAUCCAUGAUUUCUAUGGUGGAAAGUGAUGCUACAUCCUUAGUGCCUUAUAUGAGUCGUAUAUCCUCUUGA